CUCCAAGCUGCAUCCUGUGUUUCUCAAGUCUGAUAUGGGGCACCAAGUGCAGAAAAUUGUUGGCAAGAAAAGCGGUGGGGUAAAAGCUCAAACUGCAGAGAUCGUGCAGGUACGGGAAUUUGAGCCUGCAGAUGCAUCAGAAGUGCAACGGAUUUUUUCUGAAGGUGUUCUGGAGAUGGUAGUAGACACCGCUUUCCGAGGUUUGAAACAUCACCCUGAGAGUCUGCUACUGUACGCCGCUGCCACAGCCAUAUGUUUCACCAUCACCAUGAGUUGGUGGGUGAUAGGACUCCUCCCAGCCAUGGUGUGUAUGCGCUACUUCUACAGCAGAUGUAUGAUCCACAGUUACCUGAAGCAAGCCAUGAGCACAGACAUGGGAGACAUUGAAGGAUAUUACAUGAGAUCACCAGGUUCCUGUCUGUGGGUGGCAGUGCUGCAGGGUAAAGUGGUGGGUGUCGUAGCAGCAUCUGGCCGGUUGGGGAGCUCUGUGGAGCUGCACCGAAUGAGUGUGGACCGCAGCUUCAGGCGGUAUGGAGUUGGAGCUGCGCUGGGACAGAAGGUCCUGGAGUUUGCUGCCUCUCAAGGAUACUCCUCGGUUGUCCUGGGGACCACGGCAUACACACCAGCUGCACACCGGCUCUACCGGCGCCUGGGUUUCCAGUGUGUGGGGGUUACAAACGGCUAUGUCACACCAGGGGUCAAACAAUCUUUCCUGGAACAAAUCUUUUACAGAGUCCGGCAUCAUCACUACAGUCUUAAUUUACAGGAGAGUUGAAAAAUGAAUGAAUGAAUGAAUGAAAAAUUAUAUGGAUUUAAAAAAUGGAAAACAACAAAUAAAAACCAAAUGGUACUGUACUUUCUGAGAAAUUAAUCAGAGACAACCACCCAUAUGAAUUUUGGCGCUUUAUUGUGUAUUUUUGUUAUUCUGACAGCCAUACUAGUAUGCAGUAUGUACUGCAUACUAUAUGCAGUACGUGCGGG